AUGUUACGCCAAAAGACACGCUUUGUUUGUGUCUCGGACACACACGGCUAUACGCCCUCUGAGGCGGGAUUCAGACUUCCCCCUGGAGAUGUCUUGAUACACGCAGGAGACCUGACAAAUCAGGGGAGCAAGUCAGAACUGCGAAAAACCAUAAACUGGAUUGCGGCUGCAGAUUAUGAAGUCAAGAUUGUGAUCUGUGGAAACCACGACAUCACCCUGGACGAGGCCUUCUAUGCAGAGAACAAGGAGCGCUUCCACAACAAACACCCAGAAGACUCCCAGGAAUGCAUGGAUAUUAUGACCAGCGCAUCGCCCUCGAUCGUUUUCCUCAAACAUCAGUCAGCACUAGUUCGAUUAAACAAGGCAAACGGGCCAAACACCGUUUUCAAGGUCUUCGGAUCCCCGUAUUCUCAAUGCCAUGGGAACUGGGCGUUCCUAUACGAGUCUGGUGAGGCUGAGAAGCUUUGGCGCCAAAUCCCAUUGGACACCGACAUUGUCGUCACACACAUGCCGCCUCAUGGUCACUGCGAUAAAAUCUCCGGCGAGCCGAUGGGAUGUCGUGCCCUGCAUCGAAACCUAAAUAGAGUUAGACCGCUGCUUGAAGUAUGUGGCCAUAUCCAUGAGUCCCGAGGCUUUGAGCGGGUUCGAUGGCGCCCCGUGCCCUCGCUGUCGGAAACGACUGACGCCGAGAGCCUCGAGGAUAAAGUGAUCAAGGGAAUUUUGCCUCCUCUUGGAAGCAAAAAGCAAAGCCUUGUUGAUCUCACAGGCAAGAAUACCCCUCGCCUUCAAAAUGAGGGACUUGCUGGGAACACGAGCACGUCGCCCUCGACGCCUUUCCCGCCGUCCGGGAGGUUUUUGGUGCUUCCGCCGCAAAGCCACACAGAAGAACAGGCAGCAGGGCUCUCUUCACAACCACGCCCGACGGAAGCUCAAGAUACAGAGGCUGAGCGGCUUCGAGCGCAAAGGCAGGAGACGUGUAUCGUCAACGCCGCGAUCAUGAGGAGCGGCUGGCCGCACCGGGGAGGCAGAAGAUUCUACCCUGGCCCAAUAAUUGUUGACUUGGAGCUUCCUGUUUGGACAGAGAACAGUGUCGCUCAUCAAGGUCGAGGUUGA